AUGGUAGCAACCGGUUCGCUUCGGAUGUCUGUGUUGCCUCUCUGGGUGAUCGUUACGGCUCUGAUGAUUACAAUGAUGAGUUUGCUGCUGUUGGCAAUGACGUUGGUACCUGAAACUAUCGGGGGAGUAAGGCGUGCUAACUUGUACGUGGUUGGUGCGAUAAUGGCGGUGGAGGUGGCUUGCGUUGUGUGGACUCUGCAGUCUCUGGUUGUCCCACGGCUGAAGUGGCUUUCGAGGCUUCUUAUGGAGGACCCAGUCGUCGUGGCGGGUGAUCCAUUCUGCAUGGCGUAUCUUAGGUUACAGCCCAUGUUUGGUGCGUCGGAGCUGGUUCACCUGCAACUGGCAGUCGAGCAACUCUACCUCGGCUUAGCGAGUCUGCGGUGUAGCCAAGGUGCUGUGCCGUUUGUGAGAAAUGGUGCCAACGCUGCUGCUGCCGCGUCGAUGCACCCUGGCCUUUGGGACGACAGGACUAGACUCGUUUCUUUCGCUUCUGCCGCCGACGCUGUCGCUACCGCCGUAGAUGACAGGGCCAACUACGAGCUCGUGAAUCCAAAUCCCAAUAGUUUUUCUAUGGAUGAUUACCUUCUUAGUCGACGGUAUGAAUACAAAAAGAAACGGCUGUCUUUGAUGGAGUUGCCACAUGAGGUUGGCUUGCGGGCCUCACAAAAACUUCGAGGUCUCUUAAGCAACACCUUGCUCCCUGCUAGCGCGGCUGGGUCCCCAACUAUUGAGGCGGAUUGCUUCACGGCAUGUUCAUCGGCUGAGGAGCGGGCGGGUGCGAGCCCGCCUCAGGAGAGUUCCUUAACGCAGUGUUUGAGCGUACAUAGUUUACAUUCCGAGCCAUUACUGGUUGGCGAAGAGGAGGACUUGCGGCAGGGCGAUGAAGAUGACGCCACCGGCCCUAGCCCCGGCAGCGGCGGCAAUCAAGAGUUGCUACCGAUACUCUCCGCGGAAGAUCGUGCGAUCUGCGAUCCACUGGAUGACAACAGUAACAAUUCCUUUGCGGUGCUGGCGAAUUCGCUGCGGCUUGAUGGGGCCAUUAUUUUUCAGGUGUUAAAAAACAUCCGGAUUGGGCGUUCGCUAAGCUCCGUCUCUCUGCCUGUACACAUUCUUGAGAGUCGCUCCCUGUUAGAAACGCUUUCCGACAUGUUUGUUGCGUGGGACCUCUUAAUGCCAUUGGCGUGGGGGGAGGUGCGGCAGCCUGUGGACCGCAUGCGCGUCAUGCUGUGCUGGUUUUUCUCUGCCUAUAACUGGAGACCGAAGGGGGUGGCGAAGAAACCAUAUAACCCCAUUCUUGGGGAGGUCUUCCAGUGCAAGUGCCCGGCGCCACCGUCGUUGCUGUCAGUGCCACCUUCACGAGAAGUUCAUGCAAAGGCGCAGGAAACGUGUUCACUGGAGCGGACUCUAGGCUGUAGCGACUCCAUGUAUUUCCUUUCGGAGCAGGUCUGUCAUCGACCUCCAGUGAGCGUUUUCUACGCCGAGCUGCCUAAUUUAAUUGUUGCUGAGGGGGUAUACCUCCCUCACAGCAAACUCAUUUCGCUGAACUCGGUGGCCAGCAUCAGCCAUUCCUCUGUGCUUGUGCAAUUUCCACGGACGGGGUGGUCCUGUCGCUUCUCACUACCCAACGCGUUCGCCUCUGGCAUGGUGUUCGGUACCCCACGGCUUGAGCUUGGUGGUGUCGUUCGACUGGAGGAUUGCCAUUCGCCAGCCCACGCAACAGUGAAUUUCCGUCGAAAGGAGUUUUUUGGUGGAAUGUAUGAUGAGGUGGUGGCGCGGAUUAGCACGGCGGACGGCAACGGUAUCGCAGAGGAGUACACGGGGUUGUGGCAUGGCGUUAUUUGCCCCCGUGGUACGCAGCAUACUGCUAGCGUUGGUUCAAAGCGGCAACGUCACCACUCACUACUCUCCGUGGACGAUGAAAGCCAUGCGAUGGAGCCGCUGUUUGAUGCGGAGGCGUUCCAGCGGCGGCGUGGCAUGCCUUGCGGUAGACCCUAUGCAUAUCCAUUACGUAACGACAAUAACGGCCAUCCAUAUCAAAAACAAAGUAGGGCGGUGUGGAGGGACCUGACCACAGCUAUUCGUCUGGGAGACGUGGAGGCGGCAGCAAAUGCCAAGAGUCUUGUUGAAGAGGCUCAGCGUGCAGAACGACGUGAAUUGGAAGUGGAGCGGCUAGCACAUGUGCCAAAGUUUUUUGAGUUUCUUGGGGAUGGCGAGCUGUCGCAUGGAAAUGAAGAUGUGUUGGCGAAGCAAGAGAACUGGCGGUUCACAGCACGGGACAUGUUGUUCAUGUAA